AAGCGGCCCCGAGCCAGGGAAGACAAUGCCGGGGGUGCCAUCAUGUUCCAAGAGCACGGCUUUGCUCCCAAGGGUGUCAAAGAGAUCGUCCCGCAGAAAUGUAUCGUCCAGGAUGGCGCUUCCGUUCAGGGGGAGCUCCCGGACCGGGGGGCGUGGAACGAGGUGCUCGUCAAGGGGAAAGUUGGGACCAAGCGUGUCUUGACGGGACAGAGCUCCGGCUCGAGAAAGUUGCCGCACACUGAGGUUGAGGCGCAGAAGAUCCUCGUCCAGGCCGGCCUCUCCGAUGAUGCCUCCACGGCCGGCGAUCCAGAGCUUGCGCACAUCACCAACGGGGACGAGGCUAUCAAGUUCUUUGCGGAGCGGGAGGAGUCCAAGCCGGCUAAGUUCCUCUACUGCAACCGUGUCGAGUCUGGCAAGGUUUUCCGGCCAUACGACCUGGAUGUUGUUCCGCGGAACAAGGUUGGCAAGGCCGAGUAUUUUACCAUCUCCACGUACGGGAUGAUCCACAUCGAGAUCACGCCAGGUUUGACGAUUCCACAAACACAAGGUGGUCAGAAAGAGUGCACGUUUAUUGCUCACGAGGAAUGGCUUCGCGAGAAGUCUAUUUUCUCGUCACUCUGCAGGAUUAAGUUCUUCGGAAAGUAUCUGAUCUACAAGUCUUUCACGAUCUGGCGCAAGCACAUCGGCCAGAGCAACUUCGCGCGGAUAAGAAACUCCCUCAUGUCCAGGAUAUUUGUGGCCAAGCCUGGCUUCCUGGCGGCUAUGGUGCAGAUUUACGGAUACGUUUACGAGCUCACCGGGUUGGCUAUGCUGCACCUUAUUCCAAACCACCUGCAUACCGUAGAAGAGUUUCUCGAUCUCCAGUUUCAACAGAGGAUCCACAAGUCGAUGCCGUCUGUGGAGAACAUCUCAGAAAGGAUUCAGCAGGUACUUGGCAAGCUUUGCCAAGAGGUUAAGAAGCAGGCACAAAUAUUUCGGGAAAGUGUUCGGGACGAGGCCGAGCUAGAUGAUGUAGUGGGGGUUAAUUUGCAUCAAUCCCGUGCCAAUAAAGCUCAGAGCAUGGUGAGCAUCAAACACGAAAAGAUUGAGAGGGCUAAGACAUAUCGUCGUGUUAUAGCUGAAGAGAAACUUCUUGGCAACUUUAUCCGUCUCAUUGAUUACAUGCUAGUUGAAGGCCUCAUUGCUCGUACUAUCAACACAACUGACGAAUUGCUGGCUCUUUUAGAAGCAACGAGAGCAACCAACACGGAGAAGGCAUCCAAGGGAGUGUUCCUGAGCACUGUGUCGUUCGCGGAGUCCAUGAUGACCUUCAACCCCGACGAGGCAAACAUUUUAAGCGUCCUCAACACUGUCAUUGAGGGCGUAAUUCAGAUCGUUCAACAAGCACCUCGGAUAUUGUACAUGAGAGUCUUUUCGUCCUUUUUUGAAGUCAAGUACCAGGGACUGAAUCCUGUCGGCCUUAUCAGAGAGACUAAACGGUUCUGUUCGCUGCGGAGUAGAAUAGACCAGGUCGUUAAAAACGACUUCCAAGAGGCUAGAAGGUACGCACAAAUGUUCGAGGAGUAUCGAGAUCUGCAUCUGUUUGGGCAAUGCUGGGAUCCAGAGGCUUAUGCAUCGGAGAAACGGACAGUUCGUCAAUUUAGAGACGAAUUGGCUCAACAGAGGGAGUGGAGAAUUGAGCUGGAGCGAAUGCGUAUCGGAUGUGUGAUUGGAGUACUUCAUAUAGACUCUAAGUCUCUGAGAAACUCGCUUUUACCCGUGACCACACGAACGCUGGACGCCAUCAAGGGUCUCCUGCUUAUUGCAGCAAGGGAAGAGACUAUUAAAGUCUUAGCUCAUUUUCAGGAGAAAGUGAAAGCCCUUGAAGUUCGGCCCGACGAGCUGGAUGGUUUUGUGGCUUUUAUCAGGGUGUUCGAUGCAACAAUGGAAAAGAAAAAAGCAUCGCUUGCUGAAGCAACCAUUGUUGACGAAAUGUACUCUCUUUUGGCGGGUUAUGAAGUCAAAGUCCCAACAGAUGACCAGAUCAAGCUAGACGAUCUACACGAGAUAGUCCAGAAGUAUGGUGACUCGAUCGAGGCAGCCACCAUCUAUAUUGAAGAAAAUAGGACGGACAUGAUGGCCGACCUUGAUUCAAAGGCAAAUUCACUCAACGAGGAGCUGGUUGCGAUUUUAGGCAUGCUUCACCAGGAGAGGUUUUUGAGAUCAGAGUCCGAUCCAUUUGAGAUUGUGACGGAGAUGGAACAAAUAUGGGACAGAAUGGUGGAAAUACGUGAUACACUGGAGAUUUAUAAAGAUUAUCAGAAGCUCUUCCAGAUGGACAUGGAAGACAUGAGCAACUUCCUCAUGACGGAGAAAGAAUACAACUUGAGAUAUGGAGUGUGGAAGGCCCUCCGCGACUGGCUAGUGAUGGUUAAGCAAUGGCGGGAGGGUCCGGUGGCAAGCUUAAAAGCACCAGAAGUCCAGGGAAAAACAGAUGAAUACGCGAAAGAGGCAUACAAGAUGGGAAAAGCAAACAAAGAGGAUACGGUGGUUUUCAGGCUGAAGGAUGCGAUUGACGAUUUUAAGCAGUUGCUACCCUUGAUAGAGGAGCUGGCAAAUCCCGCUUUGAAAGAUCGCCAUUGGACUCAAAUCUUCAAACAAGUUGGGCAGGAGUACAAGGACGGACUUGUUUUCUCGAUAAACGACAUGCUUGACUACAAAAUCAUGGAUAAAAUCGAAGAGGUUCGUGUCAUUGGAGGGGUUGCAAGCAAAGAGUUUUCGUUCCAGAGAACAUUGGACAAGAUGGAAAAAGAUUGGGAAGGUGUCGAGUUUAUUGUUCUUCCAUACAAGGACUCUGGAACUUUUAUCCUUGGAGGACUUGAUGACAUACAAACUAUUCUGGAUGAUCAACUCGUGAAGAUUAUGUCCAUGUGUGCUUCUCCGUUCAUUAAGAUUUUUGAAGGCAGGGCUGUAAGGUGGAAGACGCUUAUGAUUAACAUGCAGGACCUUCUUGAUAACUGGGUAGAGUGUCAAGCAACUUGGCAGUAUCUUGGGCCUAUCUUUGGGUCCAAGGAUAUCAUGAGGCAGAUGCCCGAAGAAGGAGAAAAAUUUCAGACGGUAGAUGCAACCUGGCGAGAUGUUAUGAAGAGAACGGUUGCCACUCCAGGCUGCAUUGAAACUGCAGUUGAUGUGGAACGAUUGGAGAAACUGAAAGAAGCAAACAGGCUGCUCGAGAUUAUCAAUAAGGGACUGGCGUCAUAUCUCGAGGUAAAACGGGUGGCAUUCCCCCGCUUCUUCUUUCUUUCAAACGACGAAAUGCUUGAGAUUCUCUCCGAGACUAAGGAUCCACUUCGAGUGCAACCACAUCUUAAAAAGUGUUUCGAAGGGAUUGACACACUUCGAUUUGAGCACAAUAUGGAUGUCACGGGAAUGAUUUCUGCAGAGGGUGAAGUAGUUCCUCUUGUCGAAAAGUUCAAUCCUAAGGCUGCGCAAGGGGCCGUAGAGAAAUGGUUGUUACAGGUCGAGGAAGGAAUGCUACAGUCCCUUCAGGAACAAUGCUCAAGCUCAGUUAUCGCAUACGCGGAAACGGUAAGGGAAAAAUGGGUUCUUGAGUGGCCCGGACAGAUAGUUCUUGUGGUUAGUGCCAUCUAUUGGACAACAAUGGUUACCGAGAGCAUUCUAGCAGGAGGCAAUGCUGUGAGAGAAUGUGAAAAGGCUUGCACAGAGCAGCUUGGUCGAAUCGUUAACCUGGUCAGAGGAAAUUUAACAAGGCUCAACCGUGCAACGCUCAGCGCGCUCGUGGUGAUGGACGUUCAUGCUCGAGAUGUCGUCACCAUUCUAGCCAACGCAAAGGUCGAGAAGGAGACGGACUUUUUGUGGCAAAGCCAGCUGAGGAUAUACUGGGAAAAGGACACUUGCUUCGUGCGGAUGAUGAACGCUGGUGUGGAGUAUGGCUACGAGUAUCUGGGAAACUCCAGCCGGCUAGUUAUCACUCCUCUAACCGACCGGUGCUACCGGACUUUAAUGGGCGCGAUACAUCUGAAUAUGGGUGGGGCUCCAGAAGGUCCUGCAGGAACCGGAAAGACAGAGACAACAAAGGAUUUGGCAAAGGCACUUGCAAGGCAAUGCGUGGUGUUCAAUUGCAGUGACAGUUUGGACUACCUGGCCAUGGCUAAGUUUUUCAAAGGUCUUGCUGCUGCCGGUGCAUGGGCUUGUUUUGACGAGUUCAAUCGUAUUGAUUUGGAAGUCUUGUCCGUCGUCGCGCAACAGGUUCUCGAAGUUCAACUUGCCGUGCAGAACAAAGUGAAAACUUUUGUAUUCGAGGGAACUGAGCUUACUCUGAAGCCUACCUGUAAUGUGUUCAUCACAAUGAAUCCUGGAUAUGCUGGUAGAAGCGAGCUGCCGGAUAAUCUCAAGGCCCUUUUCCGGACGGUGGCGAUGAUGGUUCCUGAUUACGCUAUGAUAAGCGAGAUUAUGCUCUACAGUAGCGGCUAUUUGCUAGCAAGGGAUUGUGCCAGAAAAAUUGUCGCGACGUAUCGACUUUGCAGCGAGCAGUUGUCGAGUCAGGACCAUUAUGACUACGGUAUGAGAGCAGUGAUGGCGGUGCUUCGCGCUGCUUCGAACCUGAAGCAACGUUACCCUGAUGAAGAAGAGUUUAUACUGAUGCUCCGAUCUAUCAUCGACGUGAACUUGUGCAAAUUCCUUUCCCAGGACGUUCCGUUGUUCAACGGUAUUGUCUCGGAUUUGUUUCCAGGGGUAGUGCUACCAGAGCCCGACUACACGAACCUGGACAAAGUCAUUAGAGAUAACUGCAAAAAGUUUAAUCUCCAACCAACACCGUAUUUCAAAAUCAAGAUCAUCCAGCUCUAUGAAAUGAUCAUUGUUCGUCACGGACUCAUGCUCGUCGGUUUGUCGUUCUCGGGGAAGACUUGCGCUUUGCGAGUGCUCCAGGCCGCUCUAACAGAUCUGGCAGAGCAGGGACUUGAUAACGAGAGGAGAGUUCAGAUUGCGACGGUGAAUCCCAAGUCCGUCACCAUGGGACAGCUUUACGGUCAAGCAGAUCCCAUGACUCAGGAAUGGCUGGACGGAGUGUUGGCAGUGCGCUUCCGGGAGCAGGCGUCAGAUCCUUCAAACGACCGAAAGUGGCUCGUCCUUGACGGUCCAGUGGAUGCUAUUUGGAUCGAGAACAUGAACACUGUGCUGGACGACAACAAAAAGCUGUGCCUUCCAAACAGCGAGAUUAUCCAAAUGUCGUCGUCUAUGAACAUGAUAUUUGAGGUUGGCGACCUCGCAGUCGCGUCUCCGGCAACUGUAAGCAGAUGUGGAAUGGUUUAUCUUGAACCCCAUCAAAUGGGAUGGCAACCUCUGAUGCUGUCAUGGCUGGACACUCUCCCUGCAUCGCUUCAAGGUCCUCUAAGGACUCAUCUGCAAGGCCUCUUCGAAUGGAUGGUGACGGCUUGCUUGAGAUUCGUCCGGAAGAGCGUCAAAGAGCUAUCGCCUACAUCCGACGCAAAUAUCGUGGUCAGCUUGAUGAGAAACUUCUACGGGCUUAUUGACGAGCUCAAACCUGAAGAAGCGGGCAAGGCAUUUGGCAAGGAGAAGCUUGGAAUAUGGGUGGACUCGAUAUUUCUCUUCUCCCUGGUGUGGUCUAUUGGUGCCACCGGUGAUAACGAGGCACGCCAAGGAUUUGAUGCUUUUCUGAGGCAUCUGGCUGCCGGUGAAGUUCCUGAAGGAUACGAGCUGUGGGUGCCAUCAACACACGUUGAUCUCUUUACGAAGAUCAUGCCCGAUGACGAUGGUGCUACGGUCUAUGACUUUCUAUUCGACAAAGAAAAUGCGGCCUGGCUCCUCUGGACUGCUACCAUUGUCCCGUUGGAGAUUCCCCAAGGCGCCAUCUUCAGCGAAAUCAUCAUCCCAACGAAGGACAUGGUGAGAUAUACGUUCCUGUUGGACAAAGGUAUACAGGCCAAUUAUCCUGUGCUACUGGUCGGCUCAACUGGAACGGGAAAGUCCGUUUACAUCAAUCGCCACCUCUCUCUGGGCCUGCCGAAAGAGUUCUUUACAACCAUCUUCGUCUGUUUCUCGGCUCGUACCUCAGCAAACAUGACACAAAAUCAGAUCGAUGGCCAACUCGACAGAAGAAAGAGAGGCAUUUACGGCCCUGUUCUUGGAAAGCGGUGCAUUAUCUUUGUGGACGACCUCAACAUGCCACAGCCCGAAGUCUAUGGUGCACAACCGCCUAUUGAGCUCUUGAGGCAGUAUAUGGACCAUGACGGAUGGUAUGGGCGUGACAAUGUGUUCAAAAAGAUUGUGGACGUGUUGUUUGUUGCCGGCAUGGGUCCACCGGGGGGAGGAAGAAACUUUGUUACUCAAAGGUUUUUGCGUCAUUUCAAUGUCGUCGGCGUCGCUCAGGUGGCGGAGGACUCCUUGCGUCUUAUAUUCAACACUAUUCUCAAUUGGCAUCUCACUAUAAACAACGAGUUUCCUAAAGAUGUCAUCUACCUGCAACCUGCGGUGAUCAACGCUACGAUGGAUGUCUUCAACGAGUCGAAAGCACAGUUACUGCCAACGCCGACGAAAUCCCACUACACGUUCAACCUCCGAGAUUAUGCCAAAGUCAUACAGGGAAUGAUGUUGCAAGAUUCCUCAAAAGUCCCGGUUGGCCGAGAAGGUGCAAGGCAGCACGUACGGUUGUGGGUACACGAGGUCUUACGUGUUUUUUAUGAUCGCCUGGUUGAUGAUCAAGACCGAGACUGGCUACUCAAGUACUUAAAAGAGCUCGUACAGACUCGGUUUAAACAACAAUUCGACGAGCUCUUUGGUCAUCUUCUUGGCGAAAACGAGCUUGAAAUUGGACAAAACGAGAUGCGAAGGUGCUUUUUUGGAGUCUAUAUGAACGAAGACGUUGAGUCAAGAGUAUACGAGGAGAUAACAGACGUGCCCGAGAUCAUAAGUUUGAUGGAAAACUAUCUCACGGAUUACAAUGGCGUCAGCAAACGCCCAAUGAACCUCGCAAUUUUCUUGUUUGCCGUGGAACAUGUCUCCAGGAUAUGUAGAGUUUUAAGGCAACCUGGGGGUCACAUGCUGCUGGUUGGUGUUGGUGGUAGCGGCAGGCAAAGCUUGACAAGGCUCGGUGCUUCUGUGUCUGCUAUGGAGGUCUUUCAGGUGGAAAUUAGUAAAAGCUAUACAAAAGUCGAAUGGCGAGAAGACUUGAUAAGCUUUCUGAAGAAGGCAGGAGCAGCUCCUGGCCUGCCAAGCGUUUUUCUCUUCAGUGAUACCCAAAUUACAGAUGAGGGAUUUGUUGAAGACUUGAAUAAUCUUCUGAAUUCCGGAGAGGUCCCGAACAUGUUUCCCAGCGAUGAAAAAGCCCAGGUACUUGAAGCGACAAAGGAAAAGGCGGCCAAGUUGGGGAAAGAACUCGACUCGCCAAUGGAGCAAUGGAGAUACUUUGUCGAGCAGUGCAGGCAAAAGCUCCAUGUCAUCUUCUGCAUGAGUCCCGUGGGACAAGCAUUUAGGGAUCGAUUAAGGCAGUUUCCUUCGUUGGUGAACUGCUGCACUAUCGACUGGUUUCAGGAAUGGCCCGUGGAUGCUCUUGAGGCUGUAGCCUAUAAGUUUCUUAAGGACAUGCCGCUGGAGGAUAAAGCAAGGGCAAGCAUUGUAAAGAUUUGCAAGGCAUUCCAUGAGAAUGUGCGCGAGUACUCUCUUCAAUACAAGCUUAAGCAGGGCCGGCAUAACUAUGUGACUCCUACGUCCUACCUUGAACUUAUCUCGACAUUUCAGACGCUACUACAAACCAAACAAGAGGAAAAACUAAAACAGAAGAGAAGGUACGAAGUAGGACUCGAGAAGCUCCAAUCUAGUGCAGAGCAGGUCGCGGUCAUGCAACAAGAGCUUCAAGAUCUCAUGCCGAAGCUGAUAGUUACAGUAGAAGAAGUGGAAAAACUUAUGGCAAAAGUCGAGAGAGAAAAGAAAGAAGUGGUCGAACCAAAGAAGGCAAUCGUGAUGAAGGAUGAGGCAGAAGCCAGCAAGCAGGCAGCUGAAGCUAAAGGAAUUAAGGACGAGUGCGAGGCAGUGUUGGCCGUCGCAAUGCCUGUGCUGGAAGAAGCUUUAGCGGCACUGGACACGCUAUCAGCCAACGACAUCAAUUACGUGAAGAAGCUUUCAAAUCCGCCGGCUGCAGUGAAGCUGGUGAUGGAAGCUGUUUGUGUGAUUCUAGACGUCAAGCCUGCAAAGAUUCCGGACGGGAAGGGUGGGACGCUGAUGGAUUACUGGAAACCAUCAGUCGUUUUGCUGAACAACAAAGACUUUCUUCAAAAUCUGAAAGAUUAUGACAAAGACAAUAUCGAGGCCAAGAUUAUUGCAAAGAUCCGAAGUCAGUAUACGAGCAAUCCAGAGUUUACACCUGCUAAAGCUGCUAAUGCGUCAGCUGCCGCUGAGGGACUUUGCAAAUGGAUCAUUGCAAUGGACAAAUAUGAUACAGUGGCUAAGUUUGUGGCACCAAAGAAAGCAAAACUUAGAGAAGCGGAGGGUAAAUACGAAGUGGUGAUGGUGGGGUUAAGGGCUAAGCAAACAGAGCUUAAAGGUUUACUAGAUAAGUUGGGUCAACUCGAAGAAGAGCUUGAUGCGAACAUGCUGAAGAAAGAAAACCUUCAGCAUGAAGUGAAAAUGUGUACUGUCAAGCUAGAGAGAGCUGAACAGCUCAUCGGAGGACUUGGAGGGGAGAAAACACGGUGGAUUGCUGCGGCGAAGCAGCUAGGAAUCGAGUACGUGAAUCUCACAGGCGAUGUUCUAGUGGCUUCAGGGAUAAUUGCCUAUCUCGGUGCCUUCACUGCCGGGUACCGGAUUGAAAUUGUCGACCUGUGGACAAAGCUUGUUCGCAGUGAAAACAUUCCGCGUUCGACAUCCUUCUCCUUCUUUGAUAUACUGGGUAAUCCAGUGCAUGUUCGCGAAUGGAUGAUAGCAGGGCUGCCAAACGAUUCGUUUUCAAUAGAAAACGGCAUCAUAGUUGCGAAUUCUAGGCGGUGGCCGCUUAUGAUCGAUCCGCAGGGACAAGCCAACAAGUGGAUCAGAAAUAUGGAGAGGGAACGAAACCUGCAGAUAAUCAAGCUGCUUGGUGGUGGUGACUACAUGCGGAUCCUCGAAAAUGCCAUCCAGUUUGGAUUGCCAGUGCUCCUGGAAAACGUUGGCGAGGAGUUGGAUCCAUCCCUGGAACCUUUACUGCUGCGGCAGAUUUUCAAAUCAGGAGGCAUGAUGUGCAUAAAGCUGGGAGACACGGUCAUUGAGUACAACAACGACUUUAGAUUCUACAUAACUACAAAGUACCGCAACCCGCAUUACUUGCCCGAAACGGCUGUCAAAGUGACCCUCCUGAAUUUCAUGAUCACCAAAGAUGGUUUGUCAGACCAACUCCUAGGUGUGGUUGUCGCCAAAGAGAGGCCCGAUUUGGAGCAGCAAAAGAACGAGCUUGUGGUUCAGGGCGCGGAGAACAAGAGGAGGCUGAAAGAGCUAGAAGACAAGAUCUUGGAAGUGCUGUCUAGCAGUGAAGGCAACAUUCUGGAAGAUGAGACUGCUGUGAAGAUUAUCUCAGAGGCCAAAGUCGUCGGUAAUGAUAUCACCGUCAAACAGACCCUGGCUGAGCAAACGGAGAAAAAUAUUGACGAAGCUCGAAAGGGUUACCAGUCUUGUGGAGAGUAUGCUGCCAUACUGUUUUUCUGCAUCACGGACCUUGCAAACAUCGACCCCAUGUACCAGUACAGUCUACCAUGGUUUUCAUCGCUUUUCGUCAUAUCCAUCGCUUCAAGCGAGAAGAACCCGGACCUGAUUAAACGCUUGGAGAUUAUUCAAGACUUCUUUCUAUACGUGCUCUACAACAACGUGUGCAGAUCCCUGUUUGAGAAGGACAAGCUGUUAUUCUCGUGCCUUUUAGCUUCAAGGAUCCUUGAGAUGAAAGGUGAGAUUUCGGUCCCAGAGUGGAUGUUUUUCCUCACAGGAGGGGUGGCAUCGUCGCCCGAUCGUCCAAAUCCUGCUCCGGAAUGGUUGCUGGACAAAGCAUGGGGUGAACUUUGCAGGGUGUCCAAGUUUCCCGCAUUUGCCGACCUCAGUGACCAUGUGAUAGCCAACACGGCCGCGUGGAAGGCCAUGUUCUCAUCACCGGAGCCACACAUGGAGAGAAUUCCAGGAAAAUACAACGACGUCACCUCAUUCCAGAAGCUGCUCGUUCUUCGCUGCAUUCGACCAGACAAAGUUAUUCCGGGUAUACAACGCUUUGUGACUGAGAAGCUGGGGGAGGAAUUCGUCCAGCCGCCGCAGUUCAACCUUGCCUCCUGCUACAAGGACUCGAGUGCAACGUGCCCCCUCAUCUUCGUCUUGUCGCCGGGGAGUGAUCCCACCGCUGCUCUCCUCAAGUUUGCAGGCGACAUGGAAAUGGGAGACAGGCUUGCUCCCAUUUCUCUUGGGCAAGGCCAAGGACCAAAGGCCGCGACGAUGAUCACCGAUGCCAUGGCAACAGGUUCAUGGGUCCUCCUCCAGAACUGUCACCUUGCUCCGUCCUGGAUGCCCGAGCUCGAGAGGAUUUGCGAGAACGUUCCUGCUGAAGUUCAUCAGGACUUCCGGCUCUGGAUGACUUCCUAUCCAAGUCCCAAGUUCCCUAUAACAGUUUUGCAGAACGGGGUGAAGAUGACGAAUGAGCCCCCGAAAGGCCUCAGAGCCAACAUGCGAAGAUCAUACGGCCUGGAUCCAAUAUCAAACGAGGAGUUCUUUGAGAGCUCCAACCAACCCGAGGUUUUCAAAGGCCUCCUGUUCGGUCUCGCUUUCUUCCAUGCCGUUGUGCAAGAGAGGCGUAACUUUGGACCUUUGGGGUGGAACAUUCCAUACGGGUUUGAUGACGGAGAUCUGAGAAUAAGCGUUCGCCAGCUACAUAUGUUCAUCAAUGAGAGCACUCCUGGUCAACUUCCAUUGGAGGCACUGAGAUACGUGACUGGAGAAUGCAACUAUGGAGGACGAGUUACAGAUGACAAGGAUAGGCUGCUUCUAAACACCAUCCUCCGCACAGUUUACUGUCCUGAAAUGCCGCAGCCCGGGUACAAGCUCUCUGAGUCUGGCAUCUACCAGACACCUGAGCCUGGGAACUGGGAAUCCUACGCCAAAACCAUCGACACAUUCCCAAUUAUCCCGGGGCCCGAGGUCUUUGGCUUGCAUACCAAUGCCGACAUAACCAAGGACAUGAACGCCACGGCUUUAAUCCUCAGCUCCUUGCUCGCAACCUCGGCCGCUAUGGUGAGCGCAGGUGGCGGGGGCGGCGGGGGUGGCGGGGGUGGUGGCGAGGGGGGAGUAGCGGUGGUGGUGAGGGAGAUACUCAGGAUUCUUUCUCCCAACUUUGAUAUCGAGGCUUGCGAGAGGAAGUACCCGGUUCUUUACGAGGAAAGCAUGAACACGGUGCUGAGCCAGGAGAUGACUCGGUUUAACAAGCUCCUCGACAGGAUUCGGGGAUCGCUCAUCAACAUGGAGAAAGCGAUUCGCGGAGUUGUGGUUAUGUCUGCCGAGCUUGAAACGGCCUAUAAGAGCAUGAUGAUCAACCAGGUACCCGCGCUGUGGCAGAAGGUGUCGUACCCAUCCCUCAAGCCACUCUCUUCCUACAUCACCGAUCUCAUGGAGAGGCUGCACUACUUGCAAGACUGGUACGACCAUGGCGUCCCCGCAGUCCACUGGGUGAGCGGCUUCUUCUUCGCGCAGUCCUUCCUCACGGCGGCCAUGCAAAACUACGCCCGCAAGCAUCGCUACGCCAUCGACACCCUGGGCUUCGACUACUUCGUGGUGGAUGGCGAGCCAACGCAGGCACCGCGGGAGGGAGUGUACAUCAAGGGCCUCUACCUCGAGGGCUGCGCCUGGGAUCCCGUCAACAAGUGCCUGUGUGAGUCGCAGCCCAAGGUGAUCUUCGUGCCCGCGCCAAUCAUCUGGCUCAAGCCCGUGCUCCAGUCGGACAUGCGGGACUUCAAUCACUACAACUGUCCGGUGUACCGGACAAUGGAGAGGCGAGGUGUUCUUGCCACGACUGGCCACUCCACCAACUUCUUGAUGUAUCUCAAGAUGCCCAGCAAGGAGCCGGCCGAUCAUUGGAUACGUCGAGGAGUCGCCAUGCUCUGCUCGCUUUCAGACUAAAACCCAGAC